CUUGCAAGGUCACAAAAGUUUGUAUUAAAUCCUCUAGGGCUGCUUUUUCUGGCAAAGAAGUUUCAAGUGAGGAAGUGGCUGGGACUACUUCGCUUCUUCCAACUCAUCACUUUCCCUUUAUAAAUACUCAACCCUACAUCUGCUUCGUCUCUACCUAGGCUCCCCGCAGCUGUACUUAUAGGACACUACAGACAGUCUCCUGGAAACUAGGCGCGCGCAUGAGACAAGGGAGGGAUUCAAAAAAGGACUAUAAUAUUCCGCUGGAAAGCACCACUGCAACGUCCGGUUUGCCUGAAGGAGCCAGCCGUUUGAGUUUUAUUACAAGCGUUUGCGCAUAAAGAGUACUUCGUCCCUUGUAGGCAUACCUACACAGUGGUAAUAACGGACUACCAGAUGAAAUGAUCGGGUGUAUACACUUACGAAGCCCUCUGGAGUUUCCAGUGUAUUUCUACCCAAGCAAGUACGGGUAAUAGAGUUUGAAUACCUGCUUUGCUCCCGUAAUUCUCCGCGCAUUAUAAACCCACGUUCCUUGGGCAAUUUGAGUAGCUGGCUGGCUGUUUGGGUCCUUUUAAAAAGCAGCUUUAAGAAACAACUACGCCCCGCCUCUGUGUAGAGAGGUGGGGGUGACAGGCGUGACUUUGCUUCUGGGGCCUCCUUCGCAAGAAUAUCUUCAAAAGUCGGAACUUUUUUGUUCAUGACCGAAGCAGAAAUAUUGAAUCGCCGGCGAAGAAAGGGAAGAAAAGAGGACGGAAAGGGAAGACGAGGUCGGUGGAUAGGAGAGUCGAGACGAAGAGAAAGAUCAAGAGUAGCUUCCCUUUCCUUUCUUUCGCUGCAGGCGAUGCGUCUCCUGGUCCCGAUAGUGCUUUUGCUUGGAACACCAGUUGUCUGUAAAGCUCUGAAUGUCACAGUUUCUCCAGGACCCAGAGUACAAUAUGUGGUUGGAGACAAUGCUACCCUAUUUUGCCAUGUUUCUCAAAAAAAACAAAUAGAGAAUUUGCUAGCUGUCCGGUGGGUCUUUGCCCUUCCACCUACCCAGGAGUAUUUGAUGAUCAAAAUGACUAAAUAUGGAGUAGUCCAGUACUAUGGAAAUUACACGCGUCAUUUCUAUAAACAAAGGCUUCAUCUUCUAGAGGAGAAACAAAGAACAAUGUACACAUUUUUUAUCCUGAAUCUUCAGCAAGCUGACCAGGGACACUAUAUUUGCAAAGUUCAGGAAAUUGGCAAGCAUAGGAACAAGUGGACAGCAUGGUCUCAUGGUAGCGCAUCUACUAAAAUCGAAGUGAUUUCAUCUAAAGAUUCAGAUGACUCCACUGCUGAGAGAAAUCACAAAGCCUGGAAGUUUUUUGAAGACCUCUAUGUCUAUGCUGUGUUUGUAUGUUCCAUAGGCAUAGUUGGUGUUCUGCUGUUCACUCUUGUUGUCCUCUGCCAGACGUUGAUCAACAAAAAACAUUCCCGUGUGAAACAUUACUUGGUGAAGUGUUCCAAGAACAGCUUAGGGGAGACAGUCACCAGUGUGACAAGCUUGUCUGCAGUGCAAUCUAUACAAAUCAAAAGGAAGAAGAAAGCUGAGCAGCCUCCUGCCAUCCCAGCCAAAGCACCAAUAUCCAACACUUUCUCUAAUCCUAAGCUUCUGAAACCGCAAAGGAAAAUCCUCCUGCCAAAAAUUGCUGAUGAGAAUUUAACCUAUGCUGAACUGGAACUCAUCAAACCUCACCAGGAAACAAAAGGCAUCCCCACUAUGACUGUCUAUGCUCAAAUUCUCUUUGAGGAAAACAAGAUGUAAAUACAGGACAGGCCCUAUUUAAAUUCUUUUUGUGCUCUUUUUCGAUAAAAUGUUAUACAAAUGUCUUGUUUUUGUUUUUGCUGCCAUUCCUGUUGUGUUUUUUAUAUGUUCUUUUAUAAAUUGUUCUUCAAGGAAAUCUAUCAGCAACAGACACUGUUUAAGUUUGCAAGCUGAGAGUGCUGAAUCCUCUAUAUCACCCACUUUUCUUUUCAUGUUAUUUCUGUUUUAUUGUGGUGGUAACUACCUGAAUGGCCCAUGCUAAAAACACUGCUUCAGCUUCUCAACUGGCUACAAUGCUGAAUUAAAAGUCCAGAUUUUCUAGACAUGGGAAGAUGUCCUGAAGAACUUCAUAUGCAAAGAUAAUUUGCCAGUCCUUGCCCCCUUUGGAUUCCCAAACACUGGCACUAGAAUAAUGUAACCAAAACAGGGUGGGGAAAAUGAGUUCACAGGAAGACAAAAAUGAUGGCAUGCUAAUGGGCAAACAAAGAAGAGCAGGUGGAGAGGAAAGGGCAAUAGACUAUUGCUGUUUUGCAGAUUCAACCACAUACCUGCAAAUUCAGGUUGCACAAUUAAAGUGGUUUGUAAACAAUAAACCAAAACAAAAUCAGACUCCUUGUGGUAAGGAAAGUGAUGAGAAAAUGCGCUGGAAAAUUAGAAUGAAUGCUCAACUCACAGGGGAUCACAUAACCUUUCUGCAAACAAAUCAGGAUGAAUGCUUAACAAACAGGCCAUCUGAAAGCAACACAUUAUAAACACAACAAAUAUCCUUUUCUCCAGAAGAUUCAUUACAGCUCUUAGUAGACCAUAGCUUUUACUAGCCACAGUUGAAUUUGUCAUCUUAGGAGGAUAAAUACAUCUCAUGUGUAUUUCUCUUUCCCUCUGUUUUUUAAACGGGGCUGCUUAUCUUCCACAGGAAUUGUCAUCUCCUCUUUUUCAUUACCUCAGCCAAAACCACACACACACUGCCCUCUUCCUCAGCUUAGUGUUUGUUUUGUAAGUAGCUUUGAGUUCACUCUUCUGAAGAAGAAGAAAAGACUAAUAUAGUAUUUUGUUGCCUAGGUUUUUGCAGAAUGCACAUUACAAUAUCUCAGGGCUGAAUGAGAUAAAAAAUCAAUCCAGUCACUCCAUGCAUCAGAUUACUGUGGACCACAAACUGUGUUGCACAAAGAAACUCAGUGCAGUUGGUUCCUGCAUACUCUAGGUGGGAUACACACCUGUCACUAGCUACUUUGGGAUAAAAGAUAUUAUGUAACAAUUGAGUUUUUUAUGUUACCUGUGAACCAUAAUCCAUGGAUGGAUAUCCUCUGUGGGAGGCAUUCUGUGUUUAGAAAAAGCCACAUACUAUUAACUGCUCUACAAUGUGGGGCAUCUGGUUGGAUAUGGGAUGAACUGAGAGUCUUCAGGUUUAUCAAUUUACCCCACCCUUCUGCCAUCCACAGAGAUUUACAUUCAGGCUAAAAUAAACUGAUAGCACCACAGGAAACUCUGGAAUGUAUGAGGAAGAGGUUAAAAAUCUCUCCUUUUGUCCCAGUGAAUUUUGAAAAGCAGCACUGGUCUUUUCAUUUAUGUAAAACACUGGACCUGAUGGAUUGUUUCUCAUCCUUGAAGACUGCAUUCUGUAGCAGCGCUCAGCUAUAAGCAACCUGAGCAAGCAUUUGGAAAAUCAAAGUUUAUAGGAGCAUGAUUUGAGUGAUGCACCCCAGGAUCCCUUGCUUUGUCAUGCUGGAUGAUGGAGCACACUUUUUGAUCAUGGCAUAAAGCUCACAUUCUCUCCCUUUUCAGACCUUUACUGAAUUGUAAUAACAAUCUCCACUCCUGAUUUAUAUGUGUUCAUUGGACAUCUGAAGAGUAUCCCUGAAUGUAGCCACCCAUGCAUGCUUGUGCAGGAUAAUAUCUAAAAAGAAUUGUGCGUUGCCAGCAAUCCUGGGAAUACAUGUUAUGUUGCCUUAGGGCAGCAACUUGUCUUAAGGUGGCCCUGCUUUGUAUACCAGAUGACUGGAUGCUCUGUUAUUGGAGAUGGGGAAGUCAAUGCUAAAAAAAUAAAAGAAUGCAAUAUGUGAGAAGAGCAAAGGUACUGAGAUGAAAGAUGUUUAAACUCCAGAAAACUGGCCCUUCUGGACUUGGUCAUCUUCAUUCCUGUUAACCUAUCCACCAACAACCCUUAAACUAUUCCAGCAUCUUGGUUUUGCUACAAAACCAUCUGCAUCUACAGGAAUGCUUACUGUUGAUUACUUUUUCAGUCUUUGAAGGGAACUAAACACUCAUGUGCACCCUUUUUGUGAGUCUGGCAGAGGAGAUCUAGCAGCAAAAACUGUUCCUGCUCAGAAGUUAUUUUCACUAGAUCAAAGAUACAAGGGCUGCAAAUGCUUUUUAUAUAAAUGAAAGCAGAGACACUCAGGAAUCAAACUGGAAGACAAAAUAUAAAAAUAUUCAUUAGUGACCAGAGUUAUCUCUCAGCAAAGCUCACAAGUCAUGGUUGAGUCUUCUUGCAUUUUUGCUCGAUUGCAGAUAAAGCUCUUUGUACAAAAGGGAGUUCUCACACUUAGUGAUUUUAUCCCAUAAACUGCAGAUACAACAUGUGGUGUUGUACUGGUGCAGUAAUUGGUACACUCCUAUUCAACUAAUCACUUACAUGUUGAUUGAACAAGGUUUGAAAUUUCACUCUAAAGCAGAUGGGAUUUGCUCAUAAACAUCAGAUCAGUUCCUGAGAUAAUAAUAUUAAUGCACAGGAAAUACUGCAAAGAAUAUUGGUGUUGAAGUUUUCAUUCUGUAUGUAUUUUCAGUUAUGGCUCAUUUAUGUGUAAUUCUCAGCUCAUGUGAGCUAAAUAAAUAGCAUACAUAAAUAAGUUCAA